GGAACUUCCUGCGAAAGGCUUUCGCAGGAAAUCCUUCUCCCCGUUUCGAUCUCAUUUCUCGAAAUAAGGGUAGAGCAUCCUGUAAUCUUCGAGUAAAAAUCUCAAAUCCCAAUUCGAAAAUGUGGACGAAUUUUGGGGUAAAAAAACCCUUAUUUAUAUAAACCCCACACGGCGCCUCUGAUUCUGGCAGAGAGGAUAGACGGCAGAGCCGCUACUUCGAUUAAAGGCGUGAAACGACAUUCCCAUAAGUCGAUAGAAAGAUAGAGAAUCAUAUAAUUAUGAUGGGGGAGGGAAGAGCUCACCCGGAAUGUAUAAACGCGUCCAAUUCUUACCAUGAAUGCGUUGAAUUUUGCUUCAAAAGAAUCAUCGAAGUAAAGGAGCGGAUUGAGAGAGAACAGGUGGAGAGAGGCGAAUUGGAAACCAAAAAGGGGAGUGGUGGAGGCCCAUCCUUCUUAGAUGGCUCUGAUCAAAAUGAAGAACAAAAAGUAGGUGCAGCAGAGAACACCGGUGGUGAAGAACAUGUUGAUGGUGAUAAUGGACAGCCUGUUGAGAAAAAUAUCGAAGUAGACUACUCGAAUCUUACUGGGAGACAGAAGAAACUGUUUGAAUUGAGGCUGAAGAUGGUAACUCUCUUCCAACCCAUAAAAAUAAAUGAGGCAAGAAAGGCCAACCAAAUUGCAAUGCUGGCACGAGUAGAAGCUCCUCCUGAGUCAAGAGGCAUUUCCAAACAGAAAUGGAUUGAAGAGAGGAAAAAGAAAAUUGGAAAACUGCUUGACGCAAAUGGGUUGGAUAUGAGUAAGGCAUACAUGCUUGAUACACAGGAGACAUCAGAGUCAAAAUAUAAGAAAUGGGAUAAGGAUCCUGCCCCGUUUGGCUGGGAUGUAUUCAAUCAGAAGACGUUGUACAAUGCUUACAAAAAACGCACGAAGAACAUAGAGUGCGACAUGGAAGAAUACAACAAGUUGAAAGAAGCUGAUCCAGAGUUCUACCGUGAUGCUUCCAGUCUUCAGUAUGGGAAGGCACCGAAAACUUCGGAGGAGAAAAUAGACAAAAUGGUGAAGGAACUCAAGGACUGGGACGAGAAACGCAGGUCAUUCAGCAGGAGAUGAAGAUUCCAUGAGGAGAAGGACAUUGACUCAAUCAAUGACAGGAAUGAACAUUUCAAUAAGAAGAUUGAAAGAGCCUUUGGCAAAUACACACUCGAGAUCAAGAACAAUCUUGAGCGCAGAACUGCUUUGCCAGAUUAGAGAUGGGGGUGUAUAUGCUUGUCUUGUGAUUCCUUUCCAGCAUGCAACUGACAUUCAAUUUUUGCAUUGUUGCCACCUAUGGAAUUUGUAUUUGAAUAUCUACCUGUUGUUGUCAUUGAGAAUGAUCGCUUAUGUAAGCUUUUAGAUUGCAUUAGGAUGUACAGUUGAUUUCAGUUGAAUGAUCAAUCUGUGGCAAACUGACAUAUUCACAGACUGGAAUGGUCAGUCCCAGCUUUUUACUACCA